AUCUGCUAUCGAUAUUUGAUAGCACGUGUUGGCAGUUCGCAUUUUACGAAUUCUAUCUCUGUUAAUUUUGCAAGAUUUAAUUUAAGACAACUUAGAAUAUAACAAAUUUUAAAUUAAAAUGGCUAUGCUGGCUGAACCACGACGGCGCAAAAGGUACAAUUUGUGUCCGCGUGGCAAGGCUCUGUACGAAGAUGAGAAUCGUUUCGGCACCAAAAUGCUGGAGAAGAUGGGCUGGACGAAGGGCAGUGGCCUGGGCGCCAAUCUGAGUGGCGAAAAGGAUUUCGUGCGCAUACGCUUCAAGAACGACGCAGAAGGAUUGGGUUUCGAGCAGCGGGAUGACCAGUGGACUGUUCACGAGGAUGGAUUCAAUGGACUGCUAAAGUCGCUGAAUGGAGAUGAUAGCGGAGCUAAGGACAACGAGCCGGAAUCUGAAGAGGAAGCCAGACCAAUGGGCUUUGGCUUUAAAGCCGUGGAACCGGAGGAGCCGUCUAAGAAAAAACUCAAGGAGAACACCAGUGGCAUGUCGCUGGAGGAACGCUCAAAGCAGAGCAGGGCUCGAGUCCACUACAAAAAGUUCACACGAGGCAAGGACUUGACCCAGUACAGUGAAAAGGAUCUAGCCAAUAUUUUUGGCAAGAAGGCAACUGAGGACGUCGAAAAAUAUCCAGAACCCGUACUGGCUGUUCAACCCAAGGAGCCAGAACAGGAAAAUCCUAACUUCGCCGGCGUGCAAACAAUUAUCACUGGCCUGUCGACCACUGAUUAUUUUAAGCAGAAAAUGGAGGCCAUGAAAAAUAAACUAAAGAAAGGAACUGCCUUUCAAGUUGAAGACAAUAAUGAGGCACAGACCAAUGGCCACGAUGAGAAGCUCGAACAGACUUUAGCAGAGAAUGAUGAAGUGCCUACCAAGAAAAAGAAAAAGAAGAAGGACAAGGAAAGGACAGAAGAGUCACCAAUUGCAGAGGAAGAACUAGAAGAGGUUGCUCCCAAACCUAAGAAAAAGAAGAAAUCAAAGCGAUCGUCUCUGGAUGAGACUGAGCAGUCGGAGGAAAAAUUAGUUGAAAACGGAGAAAAGACUGACGAGUCACCAGCUGCCGUGGAAGAAAUCGAACAGGAUGCUUCCAAACUUAAGAAAAAGAAAAAAUCAAAGCGAUCAUCUGACGAUGAAACCCAGCAAACGGAGAACAUCUUCGUUGAGGAGAAAUUAGUUAAAACCGAAGAAAAUAUAGAUGAUUCUAAACUCAAGAAAAAGAAGAAAUCAAAGAAAGUGUCCAUAGAUGAAAGUGAGAAUAUCUGUGUCGAGUCGGUAGAAAUCACUGAACAAAGUGAAAACACUUCCUCAAAAAAGAAAAAGUCUAAAAAAAAGGAGGAAGCUGCAGAAGAAGUACAAAUUAAUGAACAAACGGAGGGAAGUGACCAAAAAAGGAAAAGGAAGUCCGAAAAAAAUAAAGAAAGUGCAGAAGAUUCGGUAGAAGAACCAGUUGCCAAAAAAAAGAAAAAGUCCAAGAAAACCGAUGAUGUAAUUAUAAUUGAUGAUAACUUACAGGGGACUAAUGAAUCGGAAGCGGCGAAUGAAAAUGCCAGCAAAAAGAAAAGUAAAUCUAAUAACAGUGAGGAAGCCAGCCAAACUCAGGAAGAAAUUACUAUAGAUUUAACUACUAAAAAGAAAAAAAAGUCCAAGGAGGAGAAGAAAAGCACGGAUACCGAUGAGAACGAUUCAGUGGAAACACCUCCUCCCGCCUCGGAAGCCAGCCAAAUUACUAUAGAUUUAACAGACGAAGCGCCUACUAAAAAGAAAAAGAAGUCCAAGGCGGAGAAGAAAAGCACGGACACCGAUGAGAAAGAUUCAGUGGAAACACCUCCUCCAGCCUCGGAAGCCACUGCCAAUAAGUCGAAAAAGAAAAUCAAAUUUAAUACCUCUAACCAGCCCAUGGGUAAGCUGGAGAUUACCUCACUUGCGCUCGCCGUGGAGGCGGCUGUCGGAAGUCGAAAGGACUCAGGAAAAAAGAAUGGGAACGACGUAAGUGCUGAGGAUAAUAUUUCCGGCGAUAAAUGCGUACAGUCAGCCAAUGAAGACCUGCCUAAAGACCUCUUAUCCCUGGAAGAGAUCCAAGAACGACUAAAAUCAUUCAAUUAUAUUAAUAUCUCUAACUUCUGUGCAGACCGAUUCUACCUCUUUGACCUGAGUGCAUUUAACAAGUCGACGCUGGGUGAGAUCGCGGGCUACGGAAUCAGUGAAAACGUCGAGCUGAAUGUGAUCCAUUUACCGGGCGAUGAAAAGCGCAUUCGUAACCUUUGGAAUAAUAAAGCCGUUGAUCAGAUUAAAAGUAAAAAGCAUAUCCGGUAUCCUAGAAAAGUGCAAAGAACUAGCAUUCGAGCGGUAAAAAAGAGAGUCGCAUUUCAAGGAAUAUAGUUGUAGCAAACGAAAUAUAUUUCAACGUGAUUCUUAUUAUGAUUGUUUUGUACAUAAACAACUUAAGUAGGUAGUUGGUAAGCUUCAUGGUUUACAUUAUAAUGUAAUGUAUAACACUUUUAACUAAUUAAACUGAACUAUACAUUUCAA